ACCCGAGUACAUACCUGAGUUAUAAACCCUACGCAGGUGUAUCUAUCUUCCACUCCCAUCCUCUCUUCCCCCAACCGCCUCCGCCGCCGCCGCCGCCGCCGUCGGAGAUCGUGCUCUCCAAUGGCCGCUGCAGCGGUUUCCCGGCGUUUCAGUCGACGCCUCAUUCUCAGGCAUGGAGUAGGAGCUGUAUCUAGUCUCAGAUUGCCAUGGUGUGCGGACGACCUUAAGGAGGAUCUACUUGUUCCCAGCUCUCUCAUCCCCAAGGAUAAGCAAGACGUGGAGAACAUUUUAGGAUAUGCCAAUGGAUCUGAGAUUUGGAGGUUUCCAUUAACUCCAGCACCGGUGGAAAGCUGUUUUAAGACGCUUGUGCUCCCAAAGCCAAGCAGCUUUCAAAAAGACUCAAAUGAUUACUUUAUGCAGCUCAUGCUAAAGGAGAAGUUUGGCUGGUAUUCCAUUUACUCGAAGAAGAAAAAAGGAGAUCUAUACAUGUUACAGUCCACUGCUACUUUCCUUGUCGAUCAGAUCAUCAGUGAGAACAAAAAGCCUGGUGAGUGCGAAUUCCUACAUGGAUGCAUUGAUGCUCGCUUUGCAUCUAUGCUCAGCACCGUCUCCAAUGACUACAAACAGGAUCCGAAAAGAAUUGGAAAGGGAAAGCAAGGAGAUGCUUACAUUGGACACUGUAUUUCCACCGGGAAGAAAGUUCUAUUAAAGAAGCUCAGACAAUCGCUGAUCAUCGCCAAUGGAGAACCGCGUGAGGUUUUCUUUACUAAGAACAUUUAUGACCCCUCUCUUCGCGGCAUGCAAUGUCACUGGCUCGAUGGUAAGGGCAGUCACUGGAUUGCUAUGGAUUAUGAACAGAAGACCCUGCUGGAGUACAUGGUUGAUGAGAAAUAUGACUACCACACAAGACUCUCGAUAUUCAUCUGUGUAGUUCAGAUAGUCAAGAGUCUUAAGGAAAAAGGAAUCGUGUACAUCGACCUUGAGCCUGAGAACAUAUUUGUUAAUGAAGAUGAAGGUACUGAAGAGAUGAUCAUUCGGCUCGGGGAUCUUGGUUCAUGUGAACUGCUGGAGGAUGGGAAAAACUGUAAGCCUUGUCAUUUUCAAUCUUGGAUAGCUCAAUACGCUGCACCCGAGCUGACGUCGAUGAAGGAGUAUAAUGAGAAGGCAGUGACGUUUAGCUUGGGGAUGCUCUAUCUGGUCAUGAUGACAUCCAAGCACUUCAGCAAGGAUGAGAUACUGGACAGGGUGACCCGUUUCCGACUCCUGAUUUCAUCUACAGAGUGGGGAGUCGAUCCAAGGAAAGCAUUUCUAGGUUCUGAAUUCGCCCAAGGGUUUCAUGGCAAUGUGGAUUUGCUAGUAAAGUUGGUUGACAGCAAUGCUUCGCGUCGGGCUGGCUUUGAUGAAGCAGAGAAAGAGGCUGGAAAGAGAUGGUAGUGAUGACGUGAUCGUGGCCUUUUCAUUAUUUAGUGUAAAGGCCUAAGAAGGAGCUCUGCAGCGACUCUCACAAACCCUUUUUGGCUCUUAGUUUCUUAUGUGUGUUUGAAUGAUACAAGUCUCAAAAUUUGUGUGAGUCGUACAUUCUAUGCUCUAAAAGGCUGUAGUAAUCUAAUUUAAUUAGAGGAUGAAACUUAACUGGCCAGGCGUGUUUUCAGCAGAUCAUACACGUUAACUGGACUUUGUGGUGCUAUAUGUAAGGAUUUUUAUAAUAUUGUGGCAACUCCACUGAAAUUGGACUA